AUGGCGACAACUGGCAAGAAGAAAGAAUUUCUCUGUAUCAUGCCGGAUCGGCCUAAUGUUCUCGAAUUGAGGAAAAAGGUCAAGGGUGACCAUUAUGAAGGUAUACAGCCGUUGAUCGCGGAAGGGAAGCUUGUCGAUGGAGGUGCGAUUUUCGAAGAACAUCCCCAGGAAGGCAAAGAUGCGCGCUUCUUGGGAAGUAUGGUUGUGUACACGGGUGCGACAGCCGAGGAAGUACGAGAAAUCAUCAACAAUGAUAUCUAUGCCAAAAGUGGUGUGUGGGAUCUUGAAAAGGUCCAAAUAUUUCCAUAUGUGCCUGCCGUCAGACAACCUCUCUGA